AUCACUAGGACGCCACCGCCGAAAAAACAAAAAUCGAAAAACAAACGCUAGUGGAUAUUGAGUUAAUUUAAUUAAAAUAAGCAAACGAUGGAAGAGACUAAGGACUUCCAGUUCGUGCUGCCGCUCAACGUAACUGACCUGGUGAACAGCUGCGGCGACCAGUACUACGUGAAGGAGAUCUUCGGCAACGCCGAAAUCUCCCAAAAGCUUUUGGAAUGCAAGCGGAAAGCCCGCCUGGAUGAUCCAUUCUACAUCUUCGAACACUUCGACACCUAUUACUCUAUUGUUGAGGCCCCCGGCAACAAUGAAUCCACCAUUCGCAACCUUAUGCGGGCCUUCGACCUGCUCUACUUGACCGUGGACAACCUCGGCCAGGCCUUGCAGCCGCUGCUGACCGCCAGCGAACCGAUGAGCAACCAGCAACGCACCAGAUACCUGAAUUUGACCAAGAUGACACUCUAUCUACAGGUGAAUAUCGUACGGAAAAUCGACAAUGGCUUCCAGCAGGCACAGCGCGAUGGCCAGCUCAACGCCCAGAAGAAGCGCGGCAAGCAGGCAGAGCAAUCGCUGGAAAACUUCCCCGACUGGGACAUCAAGCGCGGUAAGUUCCUUGUGCAGCUGUUUAACGUAAUGCAGUGUCCGCUCGAGAAACUAUGGAGUCCGCCCGUCGCAGAGGAGGACUUUGUUUCAAUGGUCUGUGAUAUUUGCUAUCGAACCUUGGAGCUGCUGCCGGUGCGCAGCGACAACCGGCACGUUUUCGACACGAUCUUCCAGAUCCUGGGUACCGCCAUCAAGCGCUUCAAUCAUGCCAUGACCUUUCCGGUCCGUAUACUGCAAAUUCUGCGCGGCACCGAACAUGCAGCCGUCUCUGUGGCCAAUGGUAUCUUCCUGCUGCACGAAGAGUACGGUAUCUCAUCCGUCUUCUCGAUCCUGAUCAAGGGCAUUGCAGACGCUCUAAUGCUGGACAGUUCCGAUUCGGCGGUGUCCAAGCACUUUGCCAACUUCCUAACCGAGUUCUCGAACAUAGCGCCGUCACUGAUCAUACCGCAUUUGGCGAAGCUGGCUGAUGAUCUACUGGACUGCCAGUCGCACACGCUUCGGAACUGUGUGCUGCAAAUCAUUGGGGACACGGUGAUCAGCGAACUGACAUCGGAAGGCCUCAGCCAGGAGUUGAAAGAGGUACGUAACGAGUUCCUUGAGCAUCUGUUGUCCCAUAUUUGUGACGUAUCGGCACACGUACGCUCCAAAGUGCUUAGCAUCUGGCAUCAUUUGAAGGUGCAGCACGCCAUUCCGCUUAACUUCAUCAUCAACGUGCUAAGCGAGGCCAUCGGGCGGCUGGAGGACAAGAGCUCGCUAGUGCGGCGUGCCGCCAUGCAACUGAUCAAGUCCGCGCUGGAAAGCAAUCCCUACUCCAGCAAACUGUCUAUUGACGAGCUUCGCGCCAAGCAUGCGAAGGAAGUGGAGGCUAUGGAGAAGCUCGACGAAGUGCUUAAAGAAGAGCGCCAGCAGCAAGAGCAGUUAAACGAGGAGUGGGGCACCUUGGCACCCGAUCUGCUGCCCUUUAUCGAGGAGAAUCUUACAGAGUUUCCUGACAUGCAGUUCGACAAGGAGGAAAGUGACGAGGCCCUGCUGCAAAAGAUCGUGCCAAUGAUGCGCGAGAAGAACUACAAGGAAGUGAUUGUAUUGGUCCGCAAGGUCGACUACUUGGCAGGUAACCAGACUCUAAGCUCCCAGCUGAAGCACGAUGAGCACUGCGUGUACGUUUUGGCCCUGAUGAAAACAUAUCACCUGGUGGCCGCCGGAUUAAAGCAGAGCAACGAAGAGAUGCUACAGCAGAUCGCAACGGUGCAGUUCCUCAAGGACAGCAUUGACUUUGCGGUGUUAAUGACAUCAGCCUUCCCCAAGCUGCACGAGCUGCUCAUGUCCAAGACAAACACGGACGUGUUCGAAGCGGUGGACCUGUUCACUACGGGCUACAUGUUCGGAAUCCACGGUACUGAGUCGGGAAUGCAACGAAUGCUGCAACUUGUUUGGUCCUCGGACAAGGAAAAGCGCGAUGCCGUAUCGAAUGCAUACAAGCGAGUGCUUUUCACCACGGAUCAUACCGGGCGCGUUCACGCCAUACGGGUGGUACAGAAUUUGUCGAAAUUCCUUUCGGAAAUCGAGUACGGACACUACACGGCCAUGGAAUCGGUGAUGGCCGAGUGGAUUGCCGCUGGCGACAUCGAUGCCUCGGUCAUUCAGGUGCUCUUCGAGCGCUUCACCCUCAAACUGGAGGGAACCACCGCUGCCGAGUCGCGCCUCGCUCUGCAGCUCCUGAUCAUGGCCUCGGACUCGAAGGCCGCCAUUGCGUCUGCCAACACAGCCAUCAUCGAGGACAUUGCCGUCGGGGCGAGAGUGCGCCGGGAUCCACGCAUUUUUACCGGCUGUCUUCAGUUGCUGGUCAACUCCGUCAAAUCCAACAGCAAUGCCAAGUUCUACAAGCGACAUGACAGUGAGUCGGAAUUUGUGACAAAGAUCACCCGGCUAUUCCUGGACUUCUUUUUCCACCAGAAGCUGUCGGACUUUGACGGUCUGGCCAUGAGUGUAUUCGAAUACUUCUACAAAAUGUGCCAAGCACCGGAUGUGAUCUCGCAACAGCUGGUGAAAGCGCUGAUCAAGCGGUUCAACGAGAGUUGGCUGAUCAAUGCGGAAGAUGUGUCAGCUGUGGCCCCCUCACCGGCGGCAGUGGCGGAUAAGGAGAACGAUUUGUGCUCGCAGCCGCCGACAGAGAUACCCUGUUCGCAGACUCAGCCCUUCACGCAGACUCAGCGCAUCACACAGAGUUCAACUCUCCAGCGGGGGAAGAUGAUGAUGCCUGUUUACUUGGUCUCUCGCUUUGUGUUCUGCAUUGGGUACAUGACCAUCAAGGAGAUGAUCUUCCUGGAUAUGGACAUCUAUAACAACAUGAAGUACCGCGAGGAGCUGACGGCUCAGGAGGAGCGAAAUAAUCGAAACAAGCCGCCGCCGCCAAUGAGCAAUAGGAAGACCCUAAACGUUUCCGCUAUGGAGGUGCGCAAGCGGCUAUCCGGUGUAACGGCGGAACCGCAGCAGGAGCCGGACGAGGAUUUGGUGGGGGCCACGGCCGAGGACAACAUUGCCGAGGAAAUUCACAGCAUUGGCGAGGACAUGCUACUGUACAACCCCAAGGCCCUGCUCACCAAGCUGUCCCGAUUCGUCAAGACCAUCUGCCAAAGACCCGGAGAGUUCCGUGACGCCAAGCUACAGCAAGCAGCAACCUUGACGCUCGCCCGCCUAAUGACCGUUUCGUCACGCUUCUGCGAGACCAACAUGAGCUUCUUGAUGAACAUCCUCAGCUUGACCAAGAACAUCCGCAUCAAGUGUAACACGGUGGUGGGCCUGUCGGAUCUCACCUUCCGCUUCCCGAACAUCAUCGAGCCUUGGACGGGACACUUUUACGCACAGCUGCAUGAAUCAAACACUGAGCUCCGGCUAACAGCCGUUAAGAUGCUGUCCCAUCUCAUUCUCAACGAGAUGAUACGCGUCAAGGGUCAGAUCGCAGACAUGGCGCUCUGCAUUGUGGACGAGAACGAGGAGAUUCGCAACAUCACAAAGCAAUUCUUCAAGGAGAUCGCCAACAAGUCCAACAUUCUGUACAACGUCCUGCCGGACAUUAUCUCGCGGUUGGGCGACAUUAACCUGAACCUGGACGAGGAUAAAUACCGUACGACCAUGUCCUAUAUUCUGGGUCUUAUCCAGAAGGACCGCCAAAUCGAAACUCUCGUUGAGAAACUAUGCCUGCGCUUCCCGGUGACGCGCGUUGAGCGCCAAUGGCGCGAUAUUGCCUACUGCCUCAGCCUGCUCAGCUACAAUGAGCGGUCGGUAAACAAGCUUAUUGAUAACUUGCAGCACUUCAAGGACAAGGUGCAGGUGGAUGAGGUCUAUCAGUCCUUUAAGCUCAUCAUCAGCAACACUAACAAACUAGCCAAACCGGAGCUCAAGGCUGUUGUAACCGAGUUUGAGAAUCGACUCAACGAGUGCUUGCAGGUCAACCCGAAUCCAAAUCCAUCGGCGGAGGCCAGUACCUCGGAGGCUGAGUCUCAAAGAGCACGCGGGCCCAAGUCGAAGAAGGGUCGAAAGCCGGCAGCUACCAAGAAGCCACCACCAUCAAGGAGACGCGGGCGACGCCAACAGGAUACAAGCUCUGAUGAGUCUUCAAGCAGCGACUAUUAGUCUCUUUUUUCACUAUUUACAAACCUUUUAUAUUUAAUAUUAAGCUUAAAUGUAAAAAGGAAAUCUAUUCUCUAAUUCAUGGGUAACUCUAAAAUGCUUUUGUAAAGCAAAUGAAAGUGUAAUCAAUUGUAAUCUCCGUAGGUUUUACAUAUUUAUACAUAAAAUGCAAUUAAUUACAAUUAA